CAUGCUACUCCCGAGGAGGGCCAGGAACUGCUGACGAUAUCACUGGACGAUUAUUCCUACUGUUUACAAUUACCAAAAAGAAUGGACAAGCUUAAUAAAAUAACUGUACCAGCCAGUCAGAAGUUGAGGCAGUUUCAAAAGAUGGUCCAUGAUAUUAAGAACAAUGAAGGUGGAAUAAUGAACAAAAUUAAAAAGCUGAAGGCCAAACCACCUCCGAGUGUUCCUCAAAGAGAUUAUGCUUCAGGAAGUGCUGCUGAUGAAGAAGAUCAGUGGUCAGAUGACUUCGAUAACGAUUAUGAAAAUCCAGAUGAACACUCAGACUCGGAGAUGUACGUGAUGCCCGCUGAGGAGAACGGAGAUGACAGUUAUGAGCCCCCUCCAGCCGAGCAGGAGAUGAGGACAAUUCAUCCAGCCCUGCCCUUCACCAGGGGCGAGUAUAUAGACAAUCGUUCAAGCCAGAGGCUGUCUCCACCUGUCAGCAAGACACUUCCCAGUAAGCCCAGCUGGACUUCGUCGAAAACAAGACUCACCUCCACUCUGCCGAUUCCCACUUCUCUUCAGAAACCUCAAGUCCCACCCAAGCCCAGAGAACUCCUUGAAGAUGAGGCUGAUUAUGUGGUCCCUGUUGAAGAUGAAGAUGAAAACUAUAUUCAUCCCACAGAAAGCAGUUCACCUCCCUUUGAAAAAGCUCCCAUGGUGAACAGAUCAACCAAGCCAAGUCACUCUUCAAAGCCAUUCUCUCCUCCAGGGACAGUUUCAGGUCAAAACAGCGGGACUUGGGAAUCCAAGUUACCUUCUUCACCUGUUGCGCCAUCCCCACUGCCAAGGGCCGGGAAGAAGCCAGCUACACCACUGAAGACGACUCCAAUUGCCUCUCAUCAGAAUGCAUCAAGCACUUGUGAAGAAAAACCCAUACCUGCUGAGCGCCACCGAGGGUCUAGUCACAGACAAGAAGCUGCACAUCUGCCAGCGUUGCCUCCUGCCCCAAAACAAAUCCAUCAAAAGCCCAUACCUCUGCCAAGAUUUCCAGAAGGGGGAAGCCCAACCAUGAAUGGACCAUUACCAAACUUUUCAUUGAAUUCCAAUCUGUCAGAACAGGAAGCUGAAGUUCACUGUAAGCCAUGGUAUGUUGGGGACUGUGAUCGAAAGUCUGCUGAAGAGGCAUUGUACAAGUCAAACAAGGAUGGAUCGUUUCUUAUUCGGAAAAGCUCUGGCCAUGAUUCCAAACAACCAUAUACAUUAGUUGUAUUCUUUAAUAAGCGUGUAUAUAACAUUCCUGUGCGAUUUAUUGAAGCAACAAAACAAUAUGCUUUGGGAAGGAAGAAAACUGGUGAAGAGUACUUUGGAAGUGUUGCUGAAAUAAUCAAAAAUCAUCAACAUAGUCCACUGGUUCUCAUCGACAAUCAGAAUAACACAAAAGAUUCCACAAGACUAAAAUAUGCCGUUAAGAUUUCAUAAAGAAAGAAAAUGGAAAUCAGCAUCAUUGCUCCAGACAUUUUUUUCAGACUUUCUACUUUGAAGAAAAACUAUCAAAGCUUCAUAGUUUGGAUUAUGAAUAAUCCAGUAAGAAAAUAGAAGAUGGAGGCAGCUAUUGAGGUAGUCAUCAAUCUCUUUAUAAGAAGUUCACAUGGAAUUGUUUUCUCUAUUGCCUGACCAGAUGAGCUGCUGAUAUUUGGUGGGAUUGAGUUGUCAUGAUAAUAGUCUCUAAAUAAAUCUUUAUUU